CCUCCGCUUGUCUGCACCGCUGCAUUAUUUCUGUCCCCGGACUGUACAAUGAACACCGGAGCUCUCCUGAUCUUCUUCUCCUCAUUUUCUCCUCUGUGUUUUCUCCUGUCGGGGGUUUGCUGCUCUGAGGCCGAGCACCGGCUCUUCUCUGUCAUUUUCUCCAGCUAUAACCAGUACAUCCGACCAGUGGAGAAUGUGUCUGAUCCAGUGGUCGUCCAGUUCGAGGUCUCCAUGUCACAGCUGGUCAAAGUGGACGAGGUGAACCAGAUUAUGGAGACCAAUCUUUGGCUGAGACACAUUUGGAAUGACUAUAAGCUCCGAUGGGAUCCCAAGGAUUUUGGAGGUGUUGAGUUCAUCCGUGUGCCGUCCAACAAGAUUUGGAAGCCAGACAUUGUGUUGUAUAACAAUGCGGUGGGAGAUUUCCAGGUGGACGAUAAAACCAAAGCCCUUCUGCGCUUCAAUGGAGACGUGACCUGGAUCCCACCGGCCAUCUUCAAGAGCUCCUGCAAGAUCGACGUCACCUACUUCCCCUUCGACUACCAGAACUGCACCAUGAAGUUUGGCUCGUGGACCUACGACAAGGCCAAGAUCGACCUGGUGCUCAUCGGCUCCACCAUCAACCUGAAGGACUUCUGGGAGAGCGGAGAAUGGACGAUCAUCGACGCUCCAGGAUAUAAACACGACAUUAAAUACAACUGCUGUGAGGAGAUCUACACGGACAUCACGUAUUCACUGUACAUCCGCCGAUUACCGCUCUUCUACACCAUCAACAUGAUCAUCCCCUGUCUUCUCAUCUCCUUCCUGACCGUUCUCGUAUUCUACCUGCCCUCCGACUGCGGAGAGAAAGUCACUUUAUGCAUUUCCGUCCUCCUGUCGCUCACUGUAUUUCUUCUGGUCAUCACAGAAACCAUCCCAUCUACGUCUCUAGUCAUUCCGCUAAUAGGAGAGUAUCUGCUUUUCACCAUGAUAUUCGUCACGCUCUCUAUUGUGAUUACGGUGUUUGUGUUAAAUGUGCAUUAUCGUACGCCUAAGACUCAUACUAUGCCCUGUUGGGUUCGUCGAGUGUUUCUGAGUCUGCUUCCUCGGGUUAUGUUCAUGACCCGGCCUGAGAAAGACCAGGAGGUUCCUGCCAAACAGUGCAGUGUUCAUCCUCCGGUUUCCAGCAAACAGACAAGUGUGUGUCGCGGGCCGCAGCUCCUCCUGUGUCCGACUGAACUCAACGAGGCGUCCAGGACGGCGUUUCUGUGUCGAGAGCACCACUGCUGGAAGAAACACAUCUCCAACAUGACCAGCGAGGGCGCAGAGGACGGAGGCAGCCCGUGCUCCAGCUCUGAGUCUCUGGACGGAUUUCUGUGCAUGUCUGCUGUUUCACCGCAGGUCCGAGAGGCUAUCGAGAGCGUCAAGUACAUCGCUGAAAACAUGAGGCUACAAAACGAGGCUAAAGAGGUCCAGGAUGACUGGAAGUAUGUGGCGAUGGUGAUAGACAGGAUCUUUCUGUGGGUGUUUGUGCUGGUGUGUAUUCUGGGUACAGCGGGACUCUUCCUGCAGCCGCUCCUGCUGGGCGAAGACAUGUGACGCAGAGCGAAAAAUCACAUCAUUUCACUACUCAGCAUCUGCUUUAGAGCAUAUUGUGUAAAAGACAUCGCUUUACUGGUUGGUCAAAUCUCUAGGAGCUCAAGUGGUGCAGGUAAAAUGAGGAUCAUCAUCGACUUUCAAGACGAUUUCCACUUAUUCUCAUCCUUUGUCAAUUUAUGUUUCCAUCAAAUGAUGCAACCCAGUUAUUUUGUACAACUUGUGUAAAUAUGUUCUGAAAUCAUGGCAGUUGCUGUCUGAUAUGCCUGCAGAUUUGCUGAAACAUAAAUGAAUCUGUUCAGUUUAUGGAGGAAUUGCUCAGUAGCGGUUGCGAGUCCAUUUACUGUAUGUCCUUGUAUUAAAAAGAGUGUGUAAAUAUUCUUUAGAUGCUCUGCUUGUGUUACAGGAUUAAAACUGCAUGAGAGUACACUGCAGAAAAUGUUUUUAUUUAGAGUUUUUGUCUUUUUUCUACUCCAAAUAUCUACAAAUUCUUAAAUUAAGACGCAUAAUAAAAAAUUUAGUCUUGUUUUCAGAAAUAAUGAGUCAAAAUGAAGCAAGGUUUUUUCCUUAAAACAAGCAAAAUAAUCAGCAAAUAAACAACAUAUUUUUAAUUGAAAUGCAUCUUGACUUAAAAAUUCCUAGAUAUUUGUACUAGAAACAACUCAAAAGAGAAGCACUGUUUGCGGCGUAAGAAAGUUAAUGAUGGUAAUUUUCAUGAUGUAGUGUCCCUUUAAAUCCACAAAUAACUCUCCAGGGGUGUUCAUGCUGUUAUAUAUGCUCACUUUGUAAUAUUAAGCAAAUAUUUGUAUUUAAUUUCUGUUAAAAUAGACAAUUUUGCAAAGUCCAAAAGUCAUCUCUCUGUGCACAUUUACAAUUGAUAACUUUUAGGUAAAAGCGCCACCUAGUGGAAACAUUGAGCAAGUACGACAAGCCCAUUACAGAUGAUGUCAGUAAAUAAUUCAAUUAUGAGCGUCUAAAAUGAUCGUUGGUGUGAUCCUGCAAUGGGUGACUGUUCACUAAAAAUGCUUUCCUUACUUAGAGUUUGUCUCUUGUUUUUAGUCUAAAUAUCUAAAAACUCUUAAAUCAAGAAGCAUUUUCUAGACAAGUAAAACAUUGUCUUGUUUUCUGUCAAAAUAACGUGAGUUUCUCCUAAAAUAAUCUGGCAAUGGGGGAAGUGAAACAAUCUUGUUUUCUCUUUGAAAUAAGAAUAUUCUGCUCACCCCAUUGGCUGAUUAAUUAGUUGUUUUAAAUAUAAAUAUAGAUAUUAAAGGCUCAAUUAAGUUUGACUUAUAUCUUCUGAAAAUAAGACAAUAUAUUUUGCUUGUUUAGAAUAUACUUUUUAGAAAUUAUUAGAUAUCUGAAUUAGAAACAAGACAAGAUUUAAUUCAGAAAGGCAUAUUUGUUUUGCAAAUGCGUAUAUGUAAUAUAUAUGUAAUAAUGUCAAAUUAUUUACAUUAUUAAAUAUAUAAAAUAAAAAUUUACAUGUUAUAUAUUUUUUUGCAUAAUGAAACCCUUGAAACACAUGUUCAACCUUACAAUAAACUCUGCAAAUAAACCCUGGUGAGAAUUAUGAAUAUCAUCUGAUCUGCUGUCAAAGGUUUCAGGCUGGAAAUGAUUUGUGUAUUUUGCAUUAGUUCACACAGUCUUCACACAUUUCUGCCCUCGGCUGAGCUCACAUCUAUCACUGCAGGAACAUUUUUAUAACACGCUGUAAUUUACUGUUGUGCACCUGAACUUAACGUAUGUUACAUAACAAUAAAAACUAUGUCUAAUGUGAAGAUA